UCGAGAUUCACCAGCUUAACUUCGGUCCCAUCACUGCCCACGCCUUCAACAAAGACCGAACACGUAGAGGUCGCCGUUUGUCCUAAUAAUAAUGAAGUACACAUUCAUCAAAAGACUGCAGGAGGGUGGAGUUUAAUACAUACUUUAGUAGAGGCAAGUAUUAACCACGAUAAAUUGGUCACCAGCAUCGAUUGGGCACCUGAAUCUAAUCGAUUAGUUACAAGUUCUCAAGACCGAAAUGCAUAUGUUUGGAACCUCGACCAGGCUAGUGGUAAAUGGAAACCAACUCUCGUGUUGUUGCGAAUUAAUCGUGCGGCUACGUUCGUGCGUUGGUCUCCCAACGAGGAUAAAUUUGCUGUAGCAUCCGGUGCGAGAUGUAUAGCUAUUUGUUAUUUCGAUGAGGAAAAUGACUGGUGGAAUAGUAAACAUCUUAAGAAGCCGAUUAGAAGCACUGUUUUGAGUCUUGAUUGGCAUCCAAACAAUGUACUUUUAGCUGCCGGUUGCGCAGAUUUUAAGGCGCGCGUAUUCUCCGCAUAUAUCAAGGGUGUCGAUCAAAAACCAUCUCCCACACCAUGGGGUGAUAAAUUACCAUUCAACACUGUAUGCGGAGAAUUUUCUAAUGGUGGAGGCGGUUGGAUUCACAGUGUGGCCUUCUCACCGAGUGGAGAUUCAUUAGCCAUCACUGGACAUGAUUCACAAAUCACCAUCAUCAAUGCUGGCGCCGAAGAACAGGUCAUUAGAAUAUCUGGUUUGCCGUAUUUGAGCUUGCUUUGGGUGGCCGAGAAUCAAUUUAUAGCUGCCGGCCAUGACUGUGCUCCAGUACUAUUUGAAAAACAGGGCGGUCAUUGGAAGCUUUCCAAAGUAAUUGAUACCGGUAAGAAGAAGAGUGUCGGUGAAUCGACCGCGUUCAACAGAUUUCGCGAAUGGGACUCGCGCGGAAUCACUUCACGUUCUGAAGAAAAGGAAUUGAAUACCGUUCACCAAAAUGCCAUCAC